UCCUGUGGAUAUUUGUUUCCUGCCCCUCCUUUUUCUGCCAUGGACAAUUUCAACUUCUCCACCACAGUGGCUUUUUGGGAAGAAAAUUCAACAACUUCUGGUACAGCCUUUCUUUCUGGAAAUUUAUCCCUAGCUUCUAGUCUAGGUCUAGAUAUUAGUGGUGUCCUUAUUCCUCUGGUAUAUCUCAUUGUCUGUGUUGUAGGACUAGCUGGAAAUUCUCUAGUCAUUUACGUGGUUUUGUGUCAUUCAGUGAGUGAAUCAGUGACUAACAUCUAUAUCUUCAACUUGGCCCUGGCAGAUGAACUCUUUAUGCUUGGCCUACCCUUUUUGGCAGCACAAAAUGCUUUAUCAUAUUGGCCUUUUGGCUCAUUUAUGUGCCGUCUAGUGAUGGCUGUGGAUGCCAUAAACCAAUUUACUAGUAUUUUCUGCCUCACCGUGAUGAGCAUUGACCGCUAUCUGGCUGUGGUGCACCCUGUGAAAUCCUCAAAAUGGCGGACAGUCCGAGUCGCUAAGACGGUCAGUGCCACUGUGUGGGUAAUCUCAUCUGUGGUGGUGCUGCCUGUUGUAGUGUUUUCACAAGUCCCUCAUGGUAUGAGUACAUGCCACAUUAAAUGGCCUGAGCCUGCUUCAGUAUGGAAAGCUGGUUUCAUCAUCUACACAGCUACCCUUGGCUUCUUUGGGCCACUGCUGGUUAUCUGCUUGUGUUACCUGCUUAUUGUUGUCAAGGUUCGUUCAUCAGGAAGAAAGGUGCGAGCACUGACUGCUAAACGCAAACGCUCUGAACGGAGGAUCACACGCAUGGUAGUAAUUGUGGUAGCAGUCUUUGUACUCUGUUGGCUACCUUUCUAUAUGCUCAACAUCAUCAAUGUCAUCUGGACUCUGCCUGAGGAGCCAUCACUCUUUGGUAUUUACUUUCUGGUUGUUGUCCUGCCCUACGCCAACAGUUGCACCAAUCCCAUCAUCUAUGGCUUCCUCUCCUAUCGGUUCAAGCAGGGUUUUCGCAAAGCAAUCUUGAGACCCUCCCGCCGAGUGCAGAACCAAGAAGUAGCCAUGGCAACAACUGCAGAUAAUAUGGAAGAAGAGGAAGAGCGGGAGGAAGAAGAAGAAGAAAUGUUAGCUAAAGUAAAGGAGGUCAGCAAGAUUACCCAAAAUGGUAAUGGAGGACAGCAAGAGAGUGAACCAGCCAGUGAGCUGGGAAGAGACAGUGAACACAAGCCAAACACUGAAGAGCCCAUAAGUGGUGAGAAGCCCACCAUAGUUAACAUCAGCUGUUUAUAGUGAUUGGGAAAUGGAUCUCUUUGUCUUUCUCCUGAAAUUGCCUGGGAGAGACUCAUGUUAAUAAUAUAUUUUUUAAAAGAAUAAUUCAUAAAUUAAGGAGUUUUAUAGUAACAAUCAGUCCUGUGAUGUCUUUUUGAAAGAAAGUACUCUACUAACAUGACCAUAACUUUUUCUAUAAAACAGAAUAACUGAACAGAAUGGUAUUUCUGAGAACAGAGUCGACCCAUCAUUAAGGUUAGAAGUAGGGAUAAAGCUGUCUUUGUUCUUUGCAAAUGCUCAGAGAUUGAUAAUUGGAAUCAUCUGUCAAGCAAAAGUUCAACUAAAUAUCCCAGCCCCUCUAGGGAGAACAGACCUAGAAAUGCACUCCACAGGAAUGCUAAAGCUACUUUUAUUGAGUUCAGCUACAACAACAGUAGCUUGCAUGUGUGGUUGUAUCUCCUCCUUCUCUUUCAUAUUAUUUAGUUAAAUAGGAAUAGUGAGAAACUUCCAAAUGUUAUCUCAUUGCAGAAUUCAAAAAUGUUUAAUCCCUUUGGCCUCAUAUCUUGUCAAGGUCAUCUGCCUUACUCCCUAUAGGUAGACUGAAGUUGGUUUAUAAUUGGGCCUAGUACAUUUCGAUCUCAAAAAUCUGGAUCCUUACUACAUGGCAACAAGAAAACAUAGAAAUCUCUCUCUCUUUUUUUGCCUUCUAAUGGUUAUUUGGGUUGAUUGGGUUUUUUUUUGCAAUCUAAUGUGCAGUAUUCAGAUCUCUACAGGAACUGUUUUUGGAUAUAGAAUUACUACUUAGUGGGAGUGAUGGCUCAGCGGUUGAAGAUGCUGAGUUUGACAAUUGGAAAUGGGGUGAGCUCCUGUUACUUGUCCCAGCUCCUGCCCUCCCCCCCCCC